AGCUUGACGCUUUUAGGCUGGAAUCUGAAGCCACCAACCAUUAACUUUUCAAGAAAACCUAUUUCUUUUCUGAUCAAUAUCAGCAUCUCAAACCCACCAAAUUUUGUCUUGACGAUCUUGUUUACAGUUUCAUGCAAAUGGGUUCACAUGAUCGAUUAUUUAACAGACACAGAACUGUUCAUCAGAUCCUUGGAGGAGGUCUUGGUUAGUCUCUCACUUUGCAGAUGUGAUAUUGUGGAGGAGAAAGAAUUUGACUAUGGGAAUACUGUUACUGACACUAGCUGUUUGGGUGGUGUUUGAGAGAUCUGGUUACACUCUAUUGUCACUUGUCUCAAGUGUUCUUCUCCUCCUCACCAUCAUCCUUUUUCUCUGGGCAAGAUCUGCAGCAAUUCUUAACCGACCAGCUCCACCACUACCAGAACUGUAUCUAUCAGAAGAAAUGGUAAAUGAUGCAGCAACUUUUAUCCGAACCCAAGUAAAUGAGUUGCUCUCAGUUUCCCAGGAUGUCGCCAUGGGUAAAGAUUCAAGGCUUUUCUUCCAAGUAGCUGCAUUACUUGGGCUGAUUUCUAUUGUUGGUGGAUUGACUGAUUUCCUUACUCUAGGCUAUACCAGCCUUGUUAUUGUUCUUGCAGUUCCGGCACUCUAUGAGAGAUAUGAAGAUUCUGUUGAUUCAUAUUGCAUGAUGGGGUACAGGAAAAUGCAGCAAUUGUGUGUAAAAUUUAACAGAAACUGUGUAAACAGUGUCCAGAACUGGAUUUUAGAGAUGAGAAAGCUAAGCUGAUAUCUUUUGUUUUCUUCUUGAGUUACUUCCUUUCUCUGGCAUUUGGUUUCCUUCAUGAGCAGCUGGAAGUGCUAAUGGUGGGAUUGAUUUCUCUUGAGCUUUGAGGUUUGGAGAAACACAUUUUCAUUUUUAGAGAUUGUCCUUGAAGUUUGUGAGGGAUGUAAGGUCGAGAAAUGUUGAUACAAAAGGAUGUACUUUUGGCUUUCAAAUCAAGUUAGACGGUGUAAUUUCCAACAAACUCGCAUUAGGAAUGUUUAUGAGAGUAGGAACUGCUAUGUAUUUCAAGCCUUUUCUGAUAGUGUCAUUUUCAAGAAUUGGUUAUUUGGUAUGGCAUUCAACCCGGACUUUUAGUCGCCCGUGGAGAAAAAAUUUUC